AUGGCUGUCGCAACAUUUUCAGAGCUGCCCUCAAAGUUCCUUGGGCCUCUCCGGGCUUGGAUAGAGGCCACGCCUGUUUACGUCCUUCUUGUUCUCUUUGUCGCGCUUGUUGCGCUGACUUUGUUCGAACUCUAUGUCAUCCUGCAUCUCGUCGCGCCAAAGCCUCGACCUGUUCACGCCUCCGAAAAGCAAUACAUUACCAGUGAUCCUAUUACCGGGCGCUCACAGCCUAAGCCACUCCCAUGUUGGUACGAUCGCUGGCUUGCUGAGCGCCAGAUCAGCGAGCAGCAUGUCCAACCCGCCGAAGCAUUCCCGACACCUGAUGCUGGAAAUAUCGAACCUGCCGAUGUGCGUCUAAGUGUGGUAUUUCCGGCCUACAACGAAGAAGAUCGUGUCAUCCCGACUCUGGAGGAGGCCGUGGCUUACCUAGACGAACACUUUGGUCGCACCACGCAAGGGACCACCACCACCACAAGCCCGACAUCGAAGCGACAUGUACGAAACGCCCCUAAGGAAGGCCUAGGAGGGUACGAAAUCUUAGUCGUCGACGAUGGAAGUCGAGAUAAGACAGUGGAGGUUGUUCUCGAAUUCGCAAAGGAAAAUGGUCUGCAUGAUAUUCUCAGGGUUGUUUCGCUGGCACGCAACAGAGGCAAGGGUGGAGCGACUACGCAUGGUUUCCGACACGUGAGAGGUGAAUAUGUCCUGUUCGCUGAUGCAGAUGGUGCGUCGCGGUUCUCUGAUGCUGGGAAGCUCAUUGAAGGAUGUGAGGAGGUUGUUGAUGGGUCACACCGUGGCGUUGCCAUUGGUAGCCGCGCCCAUCUUGUCGGCAGUGAGGCCGUAGUCAAGCGAUCGGCUCUGCGAAACUUCCUCAUGCGGUCUUUCCACCUUGUCCUCAUGAUUCUCACUCCCCCGGCUACGUCUCGCAUUCGCGACACUCAGUGCGGUUUCAAGAUAUUCUCUCGUGCAUCUCUACCUCACAUCAUUCCCUACAUGCACACCGAGGGCUGGAUUUUCGACAUUGAGAUGCUCAUGCUGGCCGAGUCGGCUCCCGCGACACCAGUCCUUGGCCACGAUGGCAGUGUUAUUGGCACCAGUCCUGGCAUCAAGGUUGCUGAAGUGCCAAUUGAGUGGCACGAGGUUGGUGGCAGUAAGCUCAACGUUAUCCAGGACAGCAUCAAGAUGGCUAUUGGCCUUGCGGUGCUGAGAGCGAGUUGGAUGUUUGGUGUAUACCGAAGAAGGCUGACAUAG